AAAAGCAUACCCCCACCUUAUUUUUGGCAUAAACCAGUUCGAUCAAGUUUUUUUCCAUUUCGCCGUUAUCCUCUCUUGAAACAGACGCAGUUUAACUUACAAUUGAGAGUGAUUUAGAGUAUGGGUGGAUUACAAGAGACCGAAAUGGCUGGAGAAUCACCAUUUUACGAUGAAAAUCGCAAUACAUCGCUACAUUUGGCUGCUUCUCGCGGUAAUACUAAAGAAGUUGAAAUUUAUUUGGAUAGUCACAAAAAAAUCGACAUGGAAAACUACUUGGGAUGGACGCCAUUAAUGAUGACCACGCGGAAUGGACACCUAGAAAUCGUAAAAUUGCUGAUAAACGCUAAAGCGAAUGCAACGAAAACUAAUCAUUUUGGGUUUAGUGUUUUCAUUAUGGCAUGUGCCAAUGGAAAUUUGGAAAUUAUUGAAUAUCUUUUGCAACACCUUCUUAAAGGGGGUGUUUCAAGAACUAUCAUCGAAUCGACAAUUUCACCAAUAUCUUUGGCGAUUUUAUUUAAACAUGAUAACAUUAUUCAACAUCUGAUUGCUAAAGGAUUUAACAUUAACACUGAAGCAUCUUUUACAGGAGUAACACCACUGAUGUUUGCAGCAUCAUCAAAAAAUUCAUCCAUUUUUAACAUUUUAAUAUCACACGGAGCUAAUCUGUACGCGAAGAAUAUCAAUCAAAAAUCAGCCCAAGACAUCACGGAUCAUCACAAUAAAUCAAAAAGGCCUAAUUUACGUCUUCACAUCCCAACAAGCACUACACAGAAUCAACAGGUCUACAAUCAACCACAAUGUCCUCAAUAUUAUCAACACACUCCAUCUCCUCAAAUUCAAUCUUAUAAUAUACCUUCUCCUGUUGUUUUUGUUAGUCCUCAACCUCUCUUAAUGCCUGUUGGUGCUCAAUAUCCUACGGCUCCUCAAUAUUCUUCAGCUCCUCAAUAUGCUACAGCUACUCAAUAUGCUACAGCGACUCAAUAUGCCACAACGACGCAAUAUUCUUCAGUUCCUCAAUAUUCUUCUGCGCCCCAAUACUCUCCUGUAAUUCCACCUUCAUCUGUUCCCAUGGCAUAUCCUGUUAGAAAAUCAUCGAAUGUUGCAUCGCCUAUGUUUUUAUCUCCAGGAGUAAGUCCUAUUUAUUAUUCUUCUGACCAAGCUUUUUUUCCGCAAAAUUUUAAUCCAAACCAAUUGUACCCAACAGUUGGAGGAUAUUGUUAUGGGAUAAACAAUCAAAUUUUUGACCAAAUUUCCCCACGUUUUUAACACGUCUUUAUGACUUCUAAUUUUUUCUUUAAUGCAUUAGAUUUUGCUUACUUAAUUAUUGUUACUUUUGAGCUCUAAGUCUUGAUUGAAUAAUUUUUAUUGGUUUUUUUUAGUGUUCGUUCGUAAUGAUUUGGAUAAUUUUAAAAUGAAAAAAGAUUUAAUUUUGAAUUAAAAAAUCAAAUUUAACAUAUUUUUAAUAGAUGGAGCCACCGAAUUAAACCGAUCAUUUUCUUUGGCUCCAACAUUGUAUUUUCCUUUUUAUUUUUGAACAAUGAAUUUUGAUUGAUCAUUUUUUAUGGAGUUAUUGUGUUCAUGUAAUGAUUUUAAAAUGAAAAAUGCUUUAAUAAAGACAUUAUGAUUAAGA